AGGACCCCAUAUUUCUCCGUAAUUAAAAUUCAUCACCAGAUUAAAAAUCCCCAAAACCAUUAGACCGAAACCCUAAGCCCCCUUUGCGAGACAAGAGAAGAGAAACAAGCAGCCAUGGUGUGCAUCAGGCGAGCGACGGUUGACGAUCUGCUGGCGAUGCAAGCCUGCAAUCUCAUGUGUCUUCCCGAGAACUACCAGAUGAAGUACUACCUCUACCACAUCCUCUCCUGGCCUCAGCUUCUCUACGUUGCCGAGGACUACAACGGCCGCAUCGUCGGCUAUGUCCUCGCCAAGAUGGACGAGGAGAGUAACGAGUGCCACGGCCACAUCACUUCCCUCGCUGUUCUUCGUACUCAUCGGAAGCUUGGUCUCGCCACUAAGCUCAUGACCGCCGCUCAGUCUGCCAUGGAACAGGUUUAUGAGGCAGAGUAUGUUUCGCUGCACGUGAGGAGAAGUAACCGAGCAGCGUUUCAUCUGUACACGGAGACGUUAGGCUACAAGAUUCACGAUGUGGAAGCGAAGUAUUACGCUGAUGGAGAGGAUGCCUAUGACAUGCGGAAGUAUUUUAAGGGUAAGCAAAACCAUCAACAGAGCCACGGUCAUCAUCAUCAUCAUCAUCAUGGAGGUGGGUGUUGUUCCGGUGAUGCAGUAGAUACAACUCCAGCCGAAGAUGCUAUAGCAACGACGUCGAAGUGAGACUGAGUUGUAUUGGUGUGUGUUUGCUGGCUAGCUCUAGUAGUGCUGCUCACUAUUUUCCAUUCAUAUGAUUUUGAGUGUCAAAACACAUUUGGUAAACCACUCUUGUGCUUGAGUGUUUCUCCAUUGGUCUUCUUUUUGGUUGUACUUGAUAUUUAUUAGCCAGUCUUUUUUUUUUCUAUGUAUCAAAUGUUUCUGAAA